AUGGAAUCAGGAAGGGGCCAAGAAGAUGCUUUUGAUGCUGAAUCUUACAACAUUAAUGGCUCACUUUUCCACCCAGAACUGUACUUGCAAAAGCUGCUCAAGGAAGCUCCCCUGUCUCAUUUGAUGAAGAAGGAGAAGGAAAUAUUCAGGCAGAUUCAAGAGCUUGAUUCAGAAAUGCAGACAUUAGUAUAUGAGAAUUACAACAAGUUCAUCUCAGCUACAGACACAAUUCGCAAGAUGAAAACUGACUUCAAAAAAAUGGAGGAUGAGAUGGAAAAUUUGAAGGAAAAGAUGAAGAACAUAUCAAUGUCAUCAGACCAGGUGUCAUCAACAUUACAAGAUAGGAGACACCAAAUUCAUGAGCUGUCUGGGACACAUUCAAUGCUUCAGAGGUUGCAGUUCCUUUUCAACUUACCUACUGAAAUGAAGAAACUCAUGAACAAUGGAGAGGAAGCAAAGGCAGUAGAAGAUUACCUGCAAGCUCAGCAGUUCCUUUGUCAAUAUGAGCAGAUGACUUCCUUCCAUAGUAUUCAUAACGAGACUGAAGCAAUUGUCCAAGAGUUAAAGACUUCCUUGCGUAAGAAAUUCACACAAAAAGAUGCAUCUCCCCAAGGACUUUCAGAGAGCAUUGAUUUGCUCCUUCGAUUGGGAGAACCUCCAGACACAUUGUGUUCUCUCUUCUUGGAGUCUUCUGGAAUUCAUCUUGUGAAUACCCUUGAAACAUUAGAGCGGCAGUCUCAGAACUGUGAUGGCAACCAAUCGGGCUAUGUUGAAUUCAUGGAUGCUGGUUGUAAUGGUUUUAUUGGGGACCUCUGUCUUCUUGUGGCAGCUUAUAAUGACUCAUUCAUCAUUCGCUAUAGGCAAUUGAGGUCAGAUUCAGGAAAUGCCAUUGCAUUAGCUGCAGUGGAGAGGUUAUUAAGCUACACUAAUGCUUUGAUGAAUCGAUAUCUCAAAAGUGUGGAAGAUCGAUCUUUGGAAGAAGCUAAAAAAGCCUCUUCCUUUGAAGGUCUGGUUCAGGGUCUGGACAAGUUCCUGCGACGACUUCAUGGAAUCAGUCAAUUGCUUCCUGGAACAGAUUUUGGACGAACAGGAACAGAAUUAAUUGGACGAGUGGCAAAGGUUUGUUGUGAAGCUUCAUUGCAGAGGCUGAAGGAUGAUUUUGAAAGACAACUCAUGAACUCUUCUGAAGCACUUCAAUCUCCCAAGCUUGUGGCCCAAGAGAAAGAUUUGGGUUCUGGAAUGAAUGAAGCUGUCAACCUUAUGCUAUCUUGUAUAGCUUCUCACAUGAAGGCAACUCUUCUAUCCCUCCAAGCUCUUGUAGCCCCAGAUGUGACAUUUGCAACAAAAUCAUACUUCAGACAGUCCUUUGCCAAUGAUGGAGUUAGGGAAACAGUGAUUGUGGGUUUCUUUCAAUAUGUCUGUGAGACAGCAAAGGAGUUCUGUGAGGGUCAUCGGUCUGGGAAAGUGUUCCCUCCAUUACUGCUCAUCCUAUCCAGAGUGUGUCUUGAUCUAGAGAAGUCGACAGUGCACUACUUUUUCACCAUGAUAGAUGAGAUAUUUGGUGUCACUGUCACUGACAAAAGGCACCAAAAUGAUCGUAGCUCCUUAUGCCAAGCAUUAAAAGCUGCUGCCCAGAGUCUUGUGGAUCACUAUACCAUGCUACAAGGAGUAGCAUUGUCCCAGAUGAUAAGAAAGUCAAUGGAAACACGCAACUGGCUGCAGAGCAAUGAGCCACGGAAUGUACGGCCUGUCAUGAAGCGGAUUGUUGAAGACAUAUCUGCUAUGGAGACCCAUGUGGGUGCUUUGUUUGAGGAAGGUCCAAGAAAGGAGAGGAGUUCGGAUUCCAGCCGCCGAGCAUAUAGUCAGUUCUCUCGAACACAAAACAAAUCCGCAUGGCCCAGUUAUCCACCUCAUCAGCUAGAUCGGUCCUUUCUCACCAAUUUGCACAGGUUGUUCUCAGAUCGUGUUGACAUUCAUUCAUCUGUAGACUUCAACAAGAUCUCCAUCCUCACAGGAAUCAUCAAGGUCCUCUUGAAGGCCUUUUUGGAAUGUGUGAGACUCAAGACUUAUGGGAAGUUUGGUGUCCAACAGAUUCAAGUUGAUGCUCACUACCUCCAGAUUUAUUUGUGGCGCUUUGUCUCGGAUGAAAACUUGGUUCACAAUCUCUUGGAUGAGGUGCUUUCAAGUGCAUAUCAUCGUUGUGUUGAACCUGUUCUCAUGGACUCCUCUAUUGUUGAAUCCAUUUGUCAGAAAAACUGA